UUGCCGGGCUCUAGCUACGAGAUGUGGGGGCUCAGGUGUAAGAGGAGCGCAUCUCAUCCCAGCACUAGGAUAGAGCAGACAGAUAAGUGAGACCGAGAGGCUGGAGGGAGGCACACUGUGCGGUCCUAGGGAGUUCCAAGCUUCAGCAGCAGCAGCAGCUUCAGCAACAACAGCAGCAGCAACAGCAGCAGCAGCAUCAGUAACGGCAGCAGCAGCAACAACAGCAGCAGCAGCAGCAGCAGCACUAACAGCAGCCUCCUCCACCACGAUAGGAGCUGGUACUGCUUCUUCAUCACUAUCCCGAGCAAAAGGAGAGUAUCAAGAGCACUUUUCCCCUCACUUUAGGAGUGUUUUUGGAUUUACAUGCAAAGCUUUCAAGAUGAUGUCCAUGAACAGCAAACAACCGCAUUUUGCCAUGCAUCCCACCCUACCUGAACACAAAUACCCCUCUCUACAUUCCAGCUCCGAAGCAAUACGAAGAGCCUGUCUACCAACUCCACCGCUGCAGAGCAAUAUCUUCGCCAGCCUGGACGAGACCCUGCUGGCCCGGGCCGAGGCUCUGGCGGCCGUGGACAUCGCCGUGUCCCAAGGCAAGAGCCAUCCCUUCAAGCCCGAUGCCACCUACCACACCAUGAACAGCGUGCCCUGCACCUCAACCUCCACCGUGCCGCUGGCGCACCAUCACCAUCAUCACCACCACCACCACCAGGCGCUCGAACCCGGGGACCUGUUAGACCACAUCUCCUCCCCCUCCCUGGCGCUCAUGGCCGGCGGCGGGGCCGGCGGCGGGGGCGGCGGCGGCGGCGGGCACGAAGGGGCCGGCGCGGGAGGCGGCGGCGGCGGGGGCGGCGGCGGCGGCGGCGGGCCGGGCGGCGGAGGGGCCGGGGGCGGCGGGCCGGGAGGCGGCGGCGGCCUCCUGGGCGGUUCGGCCCACCCGCACUCGCACAUGCACGGUCUGGGCCACCUGUCGCACCCAGCUGCGGCCGCCAUGAACAUGCCCUCGGGGCUGCCGCACCCGGGGCUGGUGGCAGCGGCGGCGCACCACGGGGCGGCCGCGGCAGCAGCGGCGGCCGCGGCGGGCCAGGUGGCCGCGGCUUCGGCGGCGGCAGCCGUGGUUGGGGCGGCCGGGCUGGCCUCCAUCUGCGACUCGGACACGGACCCCCGGGAGCUGGAGGCCUUCGCUGAGCGCUUCAAGCAGCGGCGGAUCAAGCUCGGGGUGACGCAGGCCGACGUGGGCUCGGCCCUGGCCAACCUCAAGAUCCCCGGGGUGGGCUCGCUGAGCCAGAGCACCAUCUGCCGCUUCGAGUCGCUCACGCUGUCGCACAACAACAUGAUCGCACUGAAGCCCAUACUGCAGGCGUGGCUGGAGGAGGCCGAGGGCGCUCAACGCGAGAAAAUGAACAAGCCCGAGCUCUUCAACGGAGGCGAGAAGAAGCGCAAGCGGACUUCCAUCGCCGCCCCAGAGAAGCGCUCCCUCGAGGCCUACUUCGCCGUGCAGCCCCGGCCCUCCUCCGAGAAGAUCGCCGCCAUCGCCGAGAAACUGGACCUCAAAAAGAACGUGGUGCGGGUUUGGUUUUGCAACCAGAGACAGAAGCAGAAAAGGAUGAAAUUCUCCGCCACCUACUGAAUUUGGGGCUGGGGGGGGAGGGGGACAACUGGGGAGGGGGGACUUGGGGAGGGGGGCUGAGGCUUGGGCGUGUUUUGUGUUGGGGGGCUGCCCCCUUUUCCUUCUUUCCCCUUGGUUUGGUUUUCGUUAAACUCUAUUUCUCUCUUUUUUAAAAAUACUUUUCCCUACCCCCCCUUCUCACCCCCUCCUCUGCGCUCCUCUCUAUCCAAUUUCCCAGUCCCCCUCCUUCCUUCCCAGCUCCUGUUUUCCUCCUCCUUCCCCCCUCCCCCCCGCUUCCUCGCCCUCCGCCCGGUGGAAAGAGAAUGCUGGAUUUGGAGAGGAGGUGGGGGAGCAGUGGUGGGAGGGGGAAGAGAGGCUUUACCGGGUCUGAAGCCGGGGUGGAAAGAGAGACAGAACAGAGGAAAGAAGAGUUGUGAGGAGCUAGGCUGGGGGCUUUGGGGGGAGGGUAGGUUGGGAGGGAUGUGCGGGAAGGGAGGGGAAAUUGACUUGUUCUUGACCAGAGACACUUAAAAAAAAAUAUCCUGGGGACCAAGGAACAAUGUACAAAAUCCAACCAACCACCAAAAACACCCCUAUAGAAAUAAAGAAAUAUUAUAAGCAAAAGCAAAGAAAACGCUUUAGGAAUCUAACUCCGGGGAUCAGUCCUCCACAGCUUGAUUUCCCUCCCCUGCCCCCAAAGGAAGAGAGGUUAGAACACCACCACUACUACUACUACCACCGCCCAAAUCAUAAACACACACACAUGUGCACACAAAUGAACUGUCAUAAAUUUAACGAAAAACAAUAAUCAGAAGGUGAAACUUGGUUUCUAUACUAAUACUAAUUGUUUUGGGCUUUGAUUUGAUUUUUCUAAGUUUCACCUCCACCCCACCCAUUUUGACUUUGAUUUCAUGAAAUCCUCUUUUUUCAUGAGGCUUCGUAAUGGUGGUUCUCUGUAUCAUGGGGAUUUGGGUGGGUCAGGGGUGGAUUGGAGGCUGUUACAUGGUUUUAAAGGGUGACAGUUUUCAGAUGGCCCAGUCUAACCUUGUCAGGGUUCUGACUUGGCAAAGGUCAGCCUUGGCAGGGGUUGGGUAGAGCUGUUCUGGUGAGAUGAGACCCCUGGCAUCAUCUCUUGGAGUCUAAGAGGCAGAGCAUUGAUUCUCAAACACACAGAUUUUAUUCUGGGGGGAAAAAGUACCCCCCCCCAAUCUGCCCUCACAAUUGAUUCAGAUCUAGAAAACAAACCAUUUUAAAUAGUUUUCUCUAAGCGAAAGUUACCUCAUUGUUGCUCCCCCCCUUUUUUUCUUUUGUGGGUGUGGUUUGUUUAAAAUAUAUCUAUAUAUUUAUAUAUUUUUUCUAGCUGUUCAAAUAUACAGAUUUGCAACUGUUAGCAGUAGAGGAUGACAGGAGAGAUGCUCUGCCCACAUUGAGGCCAAGGGACAAGAUGCACUCCGAUCCUGUAGGUCCCCUUUUCUAUUUGCUCAGAGGUUCAAGAGGAUAUUGCAAUGUUAAAAGUUCCUGAUUUCCAGCUAUAGUACAGGACCUAGUUAUUUUGAAAACAUCGAAAUCAACAAUUGAAAAAGGCAUUAUUUGAUGUGGCUGGUUUGUUUCUGAGGGGUCUGCAUGUUUGGGGGAAAGAGAACAGAACAAUGGAUUUCCUUUGGAAAAAAAAUCGUUUAUUGUUGGUAAUAAACGUUGGGUAGUGGAAACUUUUUAAAAAUUUGCACUAUCAGUCUCCCGAAUGGAAAAUAAAGUAUAGCAUUUCACAUUAAUAAUAAAGAUACAUUGUGAAGCUCAAAUAGAAAAAUUAAGACAGAGAUAGUUAAAGGUGGUUAGUUAAAUGGAGCUUUGUAAAGGCACAAGAUGCUCAUUGAAUCUCCUAUUAUGUUGGUGUAUUGCCAUCCUUUACCAAGGAUGAGGAAUUUCUAAAAACAGAACAAAACAAGGGGUGGGGGGAGAGAACAUGUCAUUUAACAAGGCUGAAAUCAUGCAUGACCUGAAAGGCACAGAAAGAGCCGUGAGUAGGUCUCACUUUGAUUACUUAUUAUUUAUUUAUUUAUUUAUUUUGUGUAUCAUUGUUUGCAGCGCAAACAUUCUAUGCAUUUGAAACAGCACUAAAUAGACUAGCUUCUGGUAGACCUUUUCGUGGGUGGUGUGAUAUCACAGUUUUACUGCCUGUUUUCACCGAAAACACAACAUUCUUGUCACAUUCUUGUAUUUAGAAAAGAAAAAGGAAGAUUAUUGUAAAUAUUUUCUUUAAUGCACAAAAAAGAGAAUACAAAUUGCAACCACAUGUAGCUCCUGAAAUGUCUCACUGAUUUAUCUACCUGUCCAUGUAUGUUUGCUGAGCUUUCUCCUUGGUUGUGUCUUUCCGAUAUUACUUUUUAUUUCUAUCAGAAAUAUUUCUGUAAGCCAAAAUACAACAGGGAGAUGUGUCCCAGCACACUUACAAAUAAAACACAAUUGAAAACAGAACAGUUUUUAUUAUUAUUGGCUGCAUUUUUGUUUCUGAUGCAGGGCUGAUAAAGUCCAGGUAGAGCCGGUCAACAAAUGAGACUUAAUUCAACCAAAAAGAGGACGAAAAAAAUGAAAGGGGGGAAGAAAAUAAAGGGGGGGAUGGUGAAAAGAUGUAUUUUUCUGCCGAAUCAGAAUUCAUUACUUUGAGAUAGCUCCUAUGUGAAAAGCGGUGCUCUGAAUAAAAUGAACUAUAUAUUAGCUGCCUGUGUUUCUUGAAGUUUAUUUUACCUGCAGAAAAUCUUAACUCAAUCUACCAAUCAAGCCACAUCACUCUCUUUAGUGUUCUGGAAGGCAAUAUGCACCUGUGAAGCCAGUGUUAAGCUUUGGUGGUUUGAGGUUUUAUAUAUGUUGUUUUGGCCUAAUUGCACUUCUAAUAAUGAUGUAACUAAAUGCUUUAUUUUUAUUUGGGGGCUAGCAAAUAUUAAAACCAUUAACUGCUCUGUCCUGAUACUUGUUCAUUUGGAACGUACAGGAUGCCACCUACUGCUUCAAGUCAUCCAAGACCCUCUGUCUAAUUUCUGAUGACCUGUGACUAGAUCAGAUGCCAAAUGUACAAAGUUUCUUAAUAGCUGGGAUUAUUUCUUCUGGAGACAUACUAUUUUAGCCAAAUCUUUUUAAUUUCACCGGUAAAUCUGUGAACCAAGACACUUACUUGAUGUUCAGGAAAAAAAAUGAUACAUCAUAAAAAAAGCUGUGAUUUUAAAACAAUUGUUGAUGUUUUAAAAAAAGAAAAGUACUAAAGGUAUUUUUAAAAUAGAUCUCUUCCAUCGGAAAUUGACUUGUUUCUGUUGUUAUUGACUUGAAAUGUCAUCAGAGUUUUUAAUAAAUGCAUUUGUAAAAAUAUUAUUUUAUAGAAAAAGUAUGAUGGGAUUUCAUUUUUGGAGAGCCAGGAAUGAACAAACAAUAAUAAUAAAAAAAAUUACAAAGGCUGUUUAAAAAAAAAUCUGCCCAAAACUGAAAUGUUGCAGGCAAACAAAUUUGUAUUAUAAGAUAAUGAACAAUGUAUGUAUUGAAAACUUAAGAAAUCUGUUUUGUAUCAAGUAAAACCUUACUAAUUACAAAAAUACUAUGUUAAUAAAACAAAAUGAAAAUAUAUGCUUUGCAGAGUUUCCUAUUUUAAGUAGUAGGAAACUGUGCAAAACAUGAAUGCUUUGCUUUUUAUUAAAUGGAUGCGUGUUUAAUGGAAGACUAGUUCUUUAUUAAUAUCUUUAAUAGGCAAUCCUUUGGGGAUAUGUGUGUCUGUAUGUACAUAAAAAUAUCUGUUCCAAGAAAGUGUACAAUGAUUUGUCACACUUGCCUUUCCAUGUUUGCAGUUUUAAAAGAGGCUGAAGAGAGGCAGUUCAUUCAAUCUGUAAUCAUGGUCCAGGCACUGGGCUAGAUUUUAAAUUAAUGGUUUAAGGUCUCUGUAAGAGUGGCCCUGAGGAAGUUACAGUGGCAGGAGAGGAAUAGACAAGUGGAUUAAAACAGACAACUGAUCCUCUCAGGAAAUCCAAGAUUUGGUGAAGUAAGAAAGGGAAAAGGAAAAGAGCACACACCAACUUUUUCAUCCACUUUCUUUUCAUUUCCUCCCCCUUUCCCUGUCUUCUUUUUCCUAUUUUGACUGUAGGGCUUUUCUGCCCUUUCCCCUGUUUGGAUCUAUACUGAAGUCCCAGACUUGUGGAAUGUCUGUUUAACACUUGUUCUCCAAAUGUUUUCGACUUAGAUUAGAACAUCACAAAAUGAAUACUAAACAUCUUCUGCUAUGAUAGUAUUGCUCGCUUGCUCUCCAUAUAUAUAUAUAUAUAUAUGUAUGUAUAUGACUAAUUCGGUUCCCCCCUCCAAUGAGUAAACUUCUUACUGGAAGCAGGAGAAAGAAGUGUUUAAAUAGUAGAAGUUUAUGCCGUGGUGAUCCAUUCUCCUCUUCCUCACAACCCCAUCCCAUCUUUUUCCUUCUUUUCCUUGCAAACAGAUUUGUUGAAAGACAUUUUUUCCCUCCUCCGUGGGGUUUAUCUGCCAGUAAAUUCGUCUCUUUUGCCCGAUAUUUAUUUGGGUUUUCUCUUCCCAGAUCAUUUCAACUUCUCCAGUGUAGCAGUAUGGGAAAGGGGUCCUUGUUUAAUACGAUUAUACGGUUUAUAGUGUUAUCACUAUGGUAUUAUCAUCAUGAGGAAAAGCUAAUGCAUUUGCUUGUUGUUUCGAUGGAGACCACGAGCUUAAUUGAUUUUUUAAAAAUAGCAACCGAAUUCCUAUUCUCUUGGGGACCUCCUCCCACCUGUGAGAUAAGCCUAUUCUCAAUAAUUAUGUUAUUUAAUAUUUGAUAAAAUAUUCGUUCUUGCUGCUGUCUAGGUCGGCUUUACGCGCUCAGUAUUUAUAAAUGGGACUUGUUCCAGAAGAGAACUCCACUCCUGGAGAGCCCGUAUCCAACCACGUGCCCUACAAAGGGAUCGCUGCAAAUACAAUUAUAGAGCAGCCUUUAAUAAUUCAUGGCCUGAG